AAAUAUGAGAUUUAUAAUGCUAACAGUAUCCCAUCUUACCCCACACUGGUAUAGUAUUAAGACAGCAUCACCAAACAAUAAUUAGCGUCAUGGUGAACUCUAAACGUAAAGAUCUAAUCCGUGACAUGCUUAUCUAUUACUUUGGAUUAUUUCUUGUAUGUUCGGCACAUUACUCGUUGCUUCAUUUGCAAUCAAGUUUAAACGUGCAGGACGGCUUAGGUGUUGCGUCAGUCACAGCUAAUUAUGCAGCCGUCUUGUUUGGAGGAAUAUUUCUCUCAUCGAACUUUCUUUUCUUCCUUGACAUGAAGACCGGGAUGGUAGUCACUGAUGCGACGUAUUUGUUCUUUGUUGCUGCAAACUUUUACCCAGAGUUUUACACCCUCGUUCCCGCUUCGAUCAUCGCUGGGUUCGGGAAGAUUUUAUUCUGGGUGUCAGCGGGUGCUUUCAAUGUUUAUUUCGCCAAAUCACUCGCGACCACUGGUAGUAAAGAUCUCAAUAACUACGUCAGUAACGUGACAGCUUGCAAUAUUUGCACUUUUCAGUUAUCCACUAUAGCUGGAAACUUAAUUUCAUUUGGGGUGUUCAGUUCUGCAGGCGAAACAGCGAGUAAUGUAUCAGCUAACGGCACAGAUUCUGGGUUGGUUCUUGCCGAUGUAUGCGGUGCAAACGACUGUCAGGAUCCGAAUAUUACAAGUCAGUUGUUGUCUCAAUACAAACCAGCAAAUGAAACGAUUCUCUAUAUAGUACUUAGUGUGUUUGUGGCUCUCAACGGAAUUGGUCUCUUGCUGCAUCUCAUAUUUGCUCCAUUAUCAACAAAAAGAUAUACAGCUCCACCAAACAUGAAGUUGAAAGAAGAAAUUAAUCACAAUUAUGUUGAUGAUGAUGAAGAUAUUAAACAAAAGCAACACGAAGUCGAAACAACGGAGGACUUGGACAGCGACGCACACGAUGACAAGAACAAGUUCACUUUCAAAUCUGCAUGGCUUGAGUUAAAGGGAAGUAUCCGUCAAUAUGGGAGUCUUGUACAAUUACUGUUAAUACCUGUGUUCUUCCAAGUGGGAUUUUUCAACGGGUUUAGUUCAAGCGAAAUAACAAGAGCAUACGCGUCUUGUGUCUUCGGUGUUUCGCAGGUCGGAAUAUCCAUGGCGAUCACAGCAACCUUCGCCACCGUAUCAAGUCUUAUCAGUGGGAAAGUUUGCAGUCGUUUUGGAAGGCAGUUUCCAAUAGCUCUAUCUUGCACCAUGAACGUUGCUUUGUUAACGUAUUGCUUGUUAUGGAGACCUAGUGACGAAUCCACCGUGUGGGAAUUAUAUCCAAUGAAUGCUAUGCAGGGAAUAUCUGCUGGGUGCGCCAUGACAGCUACGCAAGUUGCUGUUGUUGGUUUCUUCCCCCAAAACACCCAUCGUGCAUUCUCAGUAUGGGCUACAACUUCUAGUACAGGAGCUUUAGUUCAAUUCGCAUGGAGCACAGGUUUAUGUGUUUAUGAUAAAAUCUACAUCAUGUAUGGAGUAACGGCCUUUGCUGCUAUCACUUACGCGUUAGCGGAGAUUGUGCAUCGAAAAGACAAGAAGUGUGACGUGGAAUCUGAAAGUCGUUUCCAAGUGACUGCACUGUGAUAUACUUGUUUCCAUGGCUUCCAACCAUAUAUGGCCUACUAUUGCUACUAAUGUAUUGAGUAGACCAUCAUGUCUGCAACACCAGGAUGUGCAGAUGAUGGAUCUUAAGACCUAUACCGUGGUGGCGAACGUUUUAAUUUAAAUUGCGUAUACGGACGCGUUAUAUGUGCAUACGGACGCGUUAUAUGCGUCCAAGUGCGCGUUAAUGCGUUUACUGUGGGUUUUGGCCGAAUGAUUCAAAUCAGUUUGAAACUGUUCCCUAAUUGCACGUAAUUUGAAUUUUAUUAAAUCAAUAUUAAUAAGGUAAAGCAAA